GCGCCUACCGUAACUGCCAAAGGAUCUUGCGAUAUUCUCCCGACAUGAAGUUUGCUCUCGCCUUUGCCAUGUGCCUCCUGCUGGCCGCCAGCUGCAGCGCUCUGCUGCCCAAGAAGCCAGCGGAUCUCGCCUCCAUGCUGUCCCAUCAGCAGUUCGCCAUGCGCCGCAUGAUCUCCACCUUCGAUGCACGCGCCGAUGACUCCUCGCUGGUCAACGACUGCUUCAACCACUACCUGGAUGACCAGCGGGAUGUCAUUAUCAACUACAAUGUGAAGUACAACGGCUGCAUCAACACCGCCCAGGUCUCCAGGGACAUCCUGACCGCCCAGAGUGCCUCGGAGCGACAGAGCCUGCUCGACCGCACCAACGCCAUGUGCUCGAGCCUCACCAGCUGCGACGAGCAAGUCGAUGGAUUGAAGUUCUUCGAGUGCUACCGCGACUCUUCCGCCAACAGCUACAAGACCAUGUUCACCCUGAACAGUGACUCCAACCUGGACUUUAACCGCAUCAGCGCCAGUUACAGCGUCAUCGAGACCGACCUGACCGACUGCGUGGACACUGCCCGCAAUGACUAUGCCCGCGAUAUGGACUCGUGCGAUGAGAGCCUCACCGUGUGCUUGGCCGGAGGAGUGGUCACUGAUGCGCCAGUCACGGAUGCUCCCACGACUGCUGCUCCAGUCACGGAUGGACCCACGACUGCUGCUCCAGUCACCGAUGCUCCCACGACUGCUGCUCCAGUCACGGAUGCUCCCACUACUGCUGCUCCAGUCACGGAUGCUCCCACUACUGCUGCUCCAAAUGAGGUACAGUCCAACCUGGAGCGGGAGAACACAGGCAACAUUGUUAUUUUCCUGUAA